AAAAGAAAAGAAAAAACCUCUACGAAGCCACUCAAAUGAAAGACAACCCAUCUCCUGCAACAAAAAUACCACUACUCCAUUAAGUGCGCUCGCCUACAGUAACCGCCCCACGCGCUGGCUGCCAACAUGUCGAGGAACCUAGUUUGAUCGUCUCAUGCUUUUUCUCUUCUGUUUGCAAUGGCCCUCGAUGUAUCUACCUUUGAAACCCUAACCCCUUCUCGCUUUAUCUCCUUCACCAUACCCAACCCAUCAUCCUCUUCACAAUCCCUCCUCCGAGUCGCUGUUCUUGACUCACCACUCCAACCCACUCACUCGCCCCACAUUGCUGCUAUGUUAGUUCCACAAGGCCGUGAAACCGAUUGGAUCUUCUCUACAAAAUCAGGUCAUCUCCAACUUCUCUUCGCUUCUCCAGAAAUAUCCCGUUUCAUUUUGAUCGGUUACCAGCCUCAUUCUGAUUCUGAUUCUGAUUCUGAUUCUUCUAAUCAUAUUUAUCACCGUCCAUUGAAUUGUUCAUUGCAUCAUCAAGGAUUUGAUUUUGAGGUCUGGUCAAAACCUCUUCUCCUAGCUUUGUCUCCCAAAUCUUUGUUCAAAAACGGUAUCCCUGAGAUACCGAUUUUGAGUUACGAAGAUAAUUUGCUUUCUAGUAUAGUAAUACAUCGAUGUACUAGUUCUCAUGUUGGUGAAAUGCUUAUUGAAGAUGUCGAAAUUGAAACUCAGAGUGAAACGCAAAGAGAGUUUCGAAGGCGGUUGAGGUUCAAGAGGAUGCCUAAUCUGAUUCAAACAGAAGUGCUUAUUGUUCUAGAGACGGAUUCUAGUUUGAAUAGUUUAUGUAUUGAAGAUGCGAAGUUUAUACCUGAUCUUCAUGUUUUGGUUCAUCCUUACUUGGCACCUAUGGUGGCUAGUCUUUCGAUAAUAAGUGAAUCUAUAGAUGGACGAAUUCGAAAUGGGUUGAGACCGAAGGCUUUAUGCCUUGGGGUUGGAGGUGGGGCUUUGCUAACUUUUUUGGCAAUUCAAUUGGGUUUUGAGGUUAUUGGUGUCGAUAGUGAUAGUGAGGUUUUGAAGGUGGCAAAGAACUACUUUGGAUUGGAAGACUCUGAAUUUAUCCAUGUUAUCCUUGGAGACGCGGUUGAGUAUAUGAAGAAACUAGCUUACCAUGGGGAACAACAAAGUAAGAGUUCUUUUGUUGAUUACGAGUUUGAUGGUUUUGGUCACUCGGUGAAUGGUGAGGUAGCUCAUAAGUUUGAUGUUAUUAUGGUCGAUUUGGAUUCAAGCGAUGUAAGAGAUGGUAUAAGUUCUCCACCUUUGGAAUUUGUUAGAAAGCAUGUUCUACUUGCUGCAAAAUUUGUACUUUCAGAAUUUGGAAUUCUUGCAAUUAAUGUUAUUUCUCCAAGUCAGUCAUUCUAUGACAAUUUGGUAAAUCAUUUUCAGAAAGUUUUCCAUGAUUUGUACAAGAUAGAUGUGGGGAAUGGUGAAAAUUUCAUUCUUAUUGCCACAGUAUCACCUCAGGUGUUUUCUGUUAGGGAUUGUAGUAGCCCUUUUCUGUUGCAAUUGAAAUCGGUUAUUCCAAUAACAUACAUAAAUUCCAUAAGAAAAAUAUAAUUUCUCACUUGUUGUAACAAAAGUGUUUUUUAAAAAUCAUUCAUAUUUACUUUUUGCACUUCAAACCUAAUUGAAGAUGUAUUAGGAGCUUUGGUCCAAUGAGGCAAGAUGAAGAAUGUUUUUCUCAUUCAUCAUUGCUCUUCCGUAAAAAAGUUGCUUUAAGGCAAUUGACCAUACACCGUUGAAAAGCAGUAGUUCUUUUAUUUGAUAAAAUAUUAUGGCAAAAUUUGAUCCAUGUAGUCGAUUCUACUUAGUGAAAUAAGACUUGAUUGCUGCUGUAGUCAAUGAUUUGCUGUGUUACGGUGAAUUUAGUGUUUAUUAAUUGUUGCUCUCAACACUGGUUGAUUUGAAAGCUGUACUGAUAUGGCCUUAAAAGAUGACAUGGGCUAGAGUGACAAAGGAUGAGCCUAGAGUAUGGAGUGUUUAUGUGAGGAGAAAUAAGAAAAGAGGGAAGGAUGAGAUAGCAGGGAGAGAGUGACAUUUAGUGGGCGAGUGUGGUUCAGUUAGAUGAGGUAGGAGUUGUGGAGAGAGAUGGUAACAUGCAAGAAUUGUUUCUGUUUGGCCAGGGAAUUGUGUUUCUGUGUAGAGCAUUACUCUUGUAGGUAACUAUCUACAACAUUCUUUACAAGGAAAAACAGUGGACUGAUUUCUACUAGGCAAAUACAAAAAGGAAGAGAAGGCAAAAAGCAAUAUGAGCCAAAACAACAAAUCCAAGGAAGUCAUGUUCAAACCCCAAUCGCCUCUCAAGAUAAUCUUUUACUGUCAUGAGACUAUAUCCAGGUACCUCUAUUGGACUAUCCUUAUCGCCCACCUGCGAUGUCACUAGUCCAUAUAUAGUCCAUGCCACUGGAGAUGCCCAAUAAUACCAUCUCCACCAUAUUGGAAUUUGCUGCAAAGUGGAAAACAAUUAUUACAUGAAAUAUUGAACUAUGUGUUAAAAAUUAGAAUAUGAAUAUAUUUUCAACGACAAGUGUCCUACAAUAUGUUCAGUAAUUGUGCGAAAUAUAAUCCUUAAUGCAAGUUAGUAUGCUCUAUUGUCUAUCCAUUUGUGUUACUCCUAUAUGGUAUGAAGAGUAAGAAAUAUUUUUUUUAUCUUUUCUGAUCAUACACGUACCGUUCUUGGAAUAAGAAAACCAGAGAAUAGGUUCCAAAAACUGAUGAAAAAAGACAUCACGAUGGCAGCGAUUUGGUGGUUUGGUGUCAGGGCCACCGUCAUCAUUCCAUAUAGCGUGAAGUAGAUAAAGGACAUGAAUAUGAAGAAGUAGAACCAAAAGAAGUUUUCGGCUUGUGGUUGGAACCCAAUCAUCCAGUAGAGGAUAGUGGAGUAUAUCAGACUUUGAAUUGCAACAUAAAUUACUUCAAUCGCAAUCUGCAAAAAUAGUUAUAUUUUAAUGCACUGUGUAGUUUUGCUAAGCUAUCUUUGUUACUGUUCUUUUAAGCGAAGGAAUUUGAUAGUUUCACCUGACCAAUUGCAUAGGGCAGUUCUGAGUACAAUCCAGCUGCUCUUUCACGGUAGAGAACUGUUCUUUCUAUUGCAAUAAUAGGUUGCACACUGCUUGUGUUGGAUGCACCAAGGAAAAUAACCGAGGAAUACAUAGCGCCAACAAGAUUUAAAAGGGAAAAGUUUACCUCAAAGUACUCGAUAAGUUUCUCAGAAUUUCGACCUAGAGGACCACCAUAUAUCACUUGUCCACCCGUCUUCAACAAAAGCAGCUAUACUCAAAAUGGGCCAAGGGUUAGUAAUUAGUAUAGUUCCUUCAAAAUCAUUAUAGCAUUAACAAUUUCUUUUCUUGUUAUUCAUAUUUACCUCAUCAAAAUGUUCAAAUAUAUCAAUGCUUGGUUGAUGAAUUGUGCACACAACAGUUCUCCCAGUAUCCACUGUGUUUCUAAUUGUACGCAUAACAACAGCUGCAGCUCUAGCAUCAAGACCAGUUGUUGGUUCAUCCAUAAAGAUGAUGGAAGGAUUCGCAACCAAUUCUACAGCAAUGGUAAGCCUCUUUCUCUGCUCAGUUGAUAAGCCAUCUAUUCCAGGAAGGCCGACUAAGAAAUUUCUCACUAGAUGUAACUCAACUAGCUCUAUAACUUCCUCAAUAAACAUCUGAGGAUAAUAAGUAGAGUUGUAGACAAUUAGAAUCUGUUGGAGUGUCCUCUUAAUCGAUAUUCUGCUUAGUUAGUUUUUUCUCCAUUUUCAUUUUUGUCUAUAAUUAUUGUUACUAAAAAAAAGGCAUUGAGUUUGGUAAUAAAUACUUGAUUCCUUGCUAACCACAUGAAAUAAACUUAAUCGCAUGAAACUUGCAUAUGAAAAGAGGCAUUUCAAAUAUACCGAAAUAAGAGCCUAUGGGGAGGGGUUUAACAUGAAAAAUUGAUCAGAUAGCAACAUACCUUUCGUGUUUCUAUAUCGACCUCUUUACUGAGCCGCAACCAAGCAGAAAACAGAAGCGAUUCAUAAACUGUAAUAUUAGGAGAGUGAAUAUCAUUUUGUUCACAAUAACCGCUAAUCCGAGCAAAAGUUGCUUGGUUCUUGUGAUAACCCGAUAUGCUGAUACUUCCUUCUAUGUGACCACUAGUUUUCCUUCCUGCAAGAACAUCCAUCAAAGUUGUUUUUCCAGCACCACUUACACCGACUAACGCUGUUAAAAUUCCAGGCCUAAAAGCACCACUUAUGUUUCUUAGUAGUUGGAGUCUGUUCGCUUCAAUUCCUUGCUUCUUCAUUUCCUGAUAACAAACUGCAUAAUUACAUUUGGGAGUUGUGAUACUGUAACACAUUUUCAAAAUAAUUUUAGAUUUACUAUUGAGUGUUUUAACUAUAAUGCUUAAUCAUUUUCCUUGCACCUAUACAUAUACCUUUUACCCCUCAAUGAGUAUGGAGAAAAAAAUAUAGAUAGUUGUCACAGUUAGAAAACUACAAAUGUCAAAGCUAAUAAUAAAAUGAUUGGAUAUGAUACAAGAUGGAGAAUAAGAAUUUACAUUUGGCAUAUCGAUAUGAUAAUUCACAUUUUCAAAAACAAGUGACAGAGGCUGAAAGGGUAACACCAUUCCCUUCCUGAAUUUUGCAUUCUUUGCAGCUUUAGGAAUAGAGCUACGCGUGUUGUUUCUUACUUCCAUGUCAACACCUG